GCCAACCCCUGUCUAUGAGAAUAGCUGGCAGUGGCCAUAAUCAGAUCUAUAUAAGCUAUAUGAUUUUGUCUAAUUAAUAUCAUAACUUUCUGUCCCCUCAUCCCGACCACCAAUCUCAUCGAAACUCCCGGUCGCAGUCCAGAAAUAUUUCCUUCUCCGCAUCUAUCCCUCCGCUCCAGUGCCGCACCCUCUGAUGUUUUCUAUGCGCGCCAUUGACCUAUCUUCAUUAUAUACCCGGAUAUAAAAGACGACUAUUACAAAGCUGCACCUGCGAGUGGUGCAGCUAGACCUCCCCCGACGACGCAAUACCCAUUUCAACACAAUGAAGGACCCGCGCGCCAGCAAGAGGAGAAGGGUGUCGGACGCACAAGUGGUUGACGAAGAUGGAGAUACCACCAUGGGCGAGGGCGCUCAAGAUGCACCCAUCUCGCCAGCAAUUGAACAGACGAAAGCUGCGUCUCCCGCAGCCGAAGAGCCAGAAACGCCAGCUACAUCGAGGUCAAAGCGGCGGCGAUCUUCGCAGGGCGCCGCUGUAACUGGAAAGGAGGAUGAAGUACAAACUACAGAUACACCUACGAGGGGUGGAGUACGGUCAAGUGGACGCCAGCGAAAAGCGCCGCAGAGGUACGGAGACGAGGUCGUGAAUACGCCAUCGCGCAGGAGAAAUGCUUCUACCCCAGGCGCGAAUGGGUCAACGACGAGGAGCGCUCGCAGGGCCAAAUAUGUUUCGGAAACCGAGGGCGAUGAGGAAGAGGACGAAGCAGAGGUCGUCGACGAUGAUGAUGACGACGAGGACGAACCGUCUCCGCAACCGAAAAGACGGCCGACACGGACGCGCUCGAAGAAAGCUACAGUUCGGUUCGAGACGGAUAAAGAUGAUGCGUCUAAGAAACGAGACGAAUCGCAGAUGUCUCCUACACCGGAUGAAUAUCAGGAUGGGUUGGAGGACCUCGUGUCCAUGCAGUUACAGCAGGAUCUUGUCAACAAUGACUUGACCAGCACCGAGCAGACCGUUGCCGCCAACGGGGAGCCGCUUCCAGAAUAUGCUGCGAAGCUCCAAGCCCUUGUGCAAGAAGGUCUGACAGAGGAGCUGCGGUUACUGACAGGAUAUGUUACGCAAAAGCUGAACGGCAAACGACGGGUGCCACUGAAAGGGCUCGAGACUGAGUAUCACAAGGUCAACCAUUUGAUUGAACAAACUGUUGCUGUCGGUGAAGGUAACUCGAUGCUACUUCUGGGAUCUCGUGGAAGCGGAAAAACCGCGAUCGUUGAGACGAUCAUCUCGAAGUUGGGAAAGUCGUACAAGAAUGACUUCCACGUUGUCCGUCUUAAUGGCUUCCUGCAUACGGACGACCGAUUGGCGCUCCGCGAAAUGUGGCGUCAGCUUGGCCGUGAGACAAACACUGAAGAUGAAGCUGGCAAGGUUAGCAGCUACGCUGAUACCAUGGCUACACUCCUUGCUCUUCUGUCGCACCCAGAGGAUCUCUACGGUCCGUCCAUUGAAUCAGGUACUGCGACCGCAGCAAAGUCCAUCGUCAUUGUCCUGGACGAGUUUGAUUUGUUCGUCACACACCCUCGCCAAACACUGCUGUACAACUUGUUUGAUAUCGCGCAGGCGCGCAAGGCCCCAAUUGCAGUGAUUGGACUCACCACCAAGGUGGAUGUGACGGAAAUGUUGGAGAAGCGAGUCAAAAGUCGCUUCAGUCACCGCUAUGUCUACGUUCCACUGCCACGAUCCCUAGAAACCUUUUCUGACAUCUGCUUCGUUGGACUCAACCUGGAAGACGAGGAAGUCUCGGAACUGCUUGAAUUGGCUGAUGGCGAAGAGCAAGCCAUCCUCCAAUCUGGCAGCUGGAGACGCUUACUGGAAGGAUGGAGAGCUUAUCUGCAGGGCCUAUGGAUCGACGAAGCGUUCGCAUCUCACCUAAGAAGGAUAUACCAUCAAACUAAAUCCGUGAAGGAAUUCUUCACGAGCGCUUUGAUUGGACUGAGCGACCUCUACCACAGCAUCCACUCUCUCACUACUACUCCUGAAGGAACAUCUUCCCUGGAGAUCCCCACCGCUACCACCUUCACCAGUCACCUUCUAUCCUGCCCGGACCCUGCCCCUCUCCCAUUCUCCGCGUCGUCCACCGCCUCCGCAAGUCCCUCAUCCCUCCCGCUCUCGCUCCUCCUCGCAGCGACCCGCCUAGCAGCUCUAUACGAACCCGGCGUCGAGACAACGCAGCUCCAGAGCGCUGCGCCACUGGCACUCUCCUUCCCCGCAGCGUACGCAGAGUACGUGCGACUGCUGACGACAGCCAAGACAUCAGCCUCAGUGUCCGGAGCCGCGGUCACUCCGGGACGGGUCUGGGGUCGGGACGUGGCGCGCGAGGCAUGGGAGAAGCUCGUCAGCUGGGGGCUGAUCAGCCCCGUCGGCGGGGGCAGUGGCACAGCAGACGGACGGAUGUUCCGGGUGGAAAUCAGCUUCGACGAAGUAGUCGAGAUGGCCGGUACGGGAGGAUCAUUAGGACGGUGGUGGCGGGAUGGCUGAGCAGGAAUAGGGAAUGUUGCCUGCACGGUGCAGGGAAUUGCCCGUGUGAGGUGAGGGGGGAACUCAGCCUUGCUUGUGUUCAACAACGGGAAUAUGUGGGUGUCUAGACUAAACUUACUUGGUACUAUGUUGCAUUGCAUGAAGAGGAAUCUUACACACACACACGUUGCAUGUUGCACAUUCCGUUACUCCACAUAAAGGUUUGAGGGGGUGGGACGGACGGGUCGAAGGUACUUACUUACUUUUCUCAUCGUUGGUAACAAAUAUUUUAUCUGCCUAUUCCUUAUACUAGGCAGCAGCAGCAGCAGCAGCAGCAGCAGCAGCAGCAGUAGCUACCUAUCCAUACCGCCUAUCUCUAGACAGAAGAUAGCUGCCUAGACAGCAUUUACAUAGACGUCUGCCUAGGCGCGCGCGCGCAGAGAGAACCAACAACCAACAACCGAAACAAGAAAAGAACAAGAUGGAGGAGGGGGAAAAUCUACCUUGC